AUGACAAUGCCAUGGUCCGACCGAGGUCGUGCAGACGAUCACCCGCUGCUGCCAACCUCGGCAACACCAACCAUCACUGGCCCAGGCGCUGAUUCCCCCGACUAUGAUCAAGCUCAAUCGCGGCCGCGGCAUACCAGAACAACGUCAGCGCAUGCUCGUAGUGUCGCGGACGAAUUCUCCUUUAUGACGCCAAGCGAAGCCGCCGCCCGCCUGCGAACGUCGUUGAUUCACGGCCUUACCCCCAACGAAGGUCUUACCAGGCUGGGCAGUUAUGGUCCCAACGAGAUUCCCCACGAAGACCCAGAGCCUCUCUGGCUGCGUUUCUUGAAGCAGUUCCAGGAGCCGCUAAUCGUGAUGCUACUGGUGUCCGCUGGCGCGUCGCUGCUCCUGGGCAAUGCUGAUGAUGCAAUCAGCAUUACAGUCGCCGUUACUAUCGUUGUCAGCGUCGGCUUUAUACAAGAAUACAGAUCCGAGAAAUCUAUUGAGGCCCUCAAUCAUCUAGUCCCAAACCACGCUCAUCUUCUGCGCACCUCGCCUCACAAGCCGUCAAGCCCGAGAGGCCCUGCGCUGCCCUCCAAUAUCACCGACGCUCAAGACAUUGGCGACCCCGGCACCGAAACCCCCGAAGACGCCGUUCUGGAUGCCACAUCUUCCAAAGUUAUGGCCUCACAACUAGUGCCCGGCGACUUGGUUUUGUUUACUACUGGCGAUCGUAUCCCCGCCGACAUCCGCGUCACCAAGGCUGCCGAUCUCACAAUCGAUGUGUCCAACCUCACUGGCGAAACGGAUCCUGUUCGGCUCGGUACUGAAGCGAAGCGUAUCCACGGCAUACCCCAAUUUAGCAACGAAGCGCCCAAUUCCUCGCUUGCGCCAAACGCUAGCGCAAGCCCGGAGAAUAUUGCCUACAUGGGAACACUAGUCAAGUCGGGUCACGGUCAGGGCAUCGUUUUCGCGACUGGAGGAGCUACGCAAUUCGGCGCUAUUGCCACAAGUGUGUCUGGAACUGAGAGUCCUCGCUCGCCCCUGCAGCUUUCUAUGGAUGAUCUAGGCUCUCAGCUCAGCAAGGCGUCCUUCGUCGUCAUCGGCCUAAUCUCUCUGGUUGGCUUCCUGCAGGGCAAGAAGUUAUUGGAGAUUUUUACCAUUUCCAUUUCCUUGGCUGUCGCUGCCAUUCCUGAAGGCCUCCCCAUUAUUGUCACUGUCACUCUUGCUCUCGGUGUGCACCGCAUGGCAAAACACAAUGCCAUCGUACGUCGCAUGCCCAAAGUCGAGACCCUCGGGUCUGUCAAUGUGGUCUGCACGGACAAGACGGGUACUCUCACAACCAACCAUAUGACCACAGCUGAGAUGUGGCAUUUUGGUAGAGAUGUUAUCAAUGUCGAGCAAGAAGCCGAAGCCAUCGAAUCGAGCCCCUCUCAGGCCGCGUCUAGAAUUCUGCGGAUUGGCAAUCUCGCAAACAAUGCACGACUUUCUCAUAGCCACACAGAAGGCGCAGUGCCAUCGCUGGCUGUCAUGACAUCGACUUUGGGCCGGGGGGAUUCUCCCUCGUUCACAAGAUGGGCGGGUCAGCCGACUGACGUAGCCAUGAUGGACCUCCUCGACAAAUUCAAGGAACAUGACGCUCGCGAAUCUGUUGGGGCUCGUGCAACCGAUAUUCCAUUCAAUUCUGAUAGGAAAUGGAUGGGUGUCACUAUUGGUAACGACAAGGAAUACGCGUACAUGAAGGGCUCCAUCGAAAAGGUUCUCGCAGCGUGCGAUACGUACCUCGACAAGGAUGGCAGAGAAAUCGUUCUCGACUCAGCUCGUAAGCAAGAAGCACUGCAGGCCGCUGAAUCAAUGGCUUCAAAGGGUCUGCGUGUUCUUGCUUUUGCAAGUGGUGCGGUUUCACGUCAUGGCAAAUCUAACACUCGAAGCAACACGCCAAGAAUCGAAGCGUCUUCUAUUCUUCCCGGAGAAGACGCGUUUAAGGGACUGACAUUCGCUGGACUUGUUGGCAUGAGCGACCCCCCAAGACCCGGCGUCGGCAGCUCUAUUCGACGACUGAUGCGGGGGGGGGUCAGGGUGAUUAUGAUUACUGGCGAUGCUGAAACGACAGCUCUCGCUAUUGGACGGCAGCUGGGCAUGACCAUCGCUCCUGCCAGCUCCUAUGCCGCUGGACAAACUACCGUGAAGCCGGUGCUACGAGGCGACGAGAUUGAUAAAAUGACCGAUGAAGCUCUGGCGGAUGCCAUGCAGCACACCACCAUUGUUGCUAGAACGACCCCCGAUCACAAGCUAAAAAUUAUCCGGGCUCUGCAAUCUCGGGGCGACAUUGUCGCUAUGACUGGCGAUGGUGUCAAUGAUGCACCCGCACUGAAGAAGGCCGAUAUCGGUAUUUCCAUGGGCCGCCAGGGCACCGAUGUUGCCAAAGAAGCCUCCGACAUGAUUCUCACUGAUGAUGACUUUUCGACCAUUCUGCGCGCUAUUGAGGAGGGCAAAGGUAUCUUUAGCAACAUUCAAAAUUUUCUACGAUUCCAGCUCUCCACUAGUGCUGCUGGUCUGUCACUGGUAUUCCUCUGCACCUUGCUCGGCUUCAAGAAUCCCCUGAACCCGAUGCAGAUUCUCUGGAUCAAUAUCAUCAUGGAUGGUCCUCCCGCGCAGUCUCUUGGCGUGGAAUCCGUUGACCCGGACGUCAUGAACAAACCCCCUAGGAAACGAAAUGAUCCCGUGCUGACACGCGGCGUCAUAACACGCGUCUUAACGUCCGCAUUCAUCAUCAUGGUGGGCACUAUGCUUAUCUACAGCCAUGAGAUGCUUGCUGACGGCGAGGUCACGCGACGCGACACGACCAUGACCUUUACCUGCUUUGUCCUGUUUGACAUGUUCAACGCAUUGAGCUGUCGGUCCGAGAGCAAGUCCAUUCUGCGUGGUGAAGUCGGCCUCUUCUCCAACAACCUGUUCAACUGGGCCGUGUCUCUGAGCAUUGUCGGCCAGAUUCUUGUGAUUUACCUGCCAGCGCUCCAAGAGGUGUUCCAGACGGUGCCGCUGACGUUCGGUGACCUCUUUCGUCUCACAAUUUUGUGCAGCACAGUCUUUUGGGUAGACGAGCUGAGGAAAUAUUUGAAGUACGGCCAACGGAGUUUAAUAGACGGCUGCUUGAACUUUAUCGCAUAA